UUGAAGUUUGCUUUUGCCAUUCUUCUGAAACGGAUCCCCACCUCUUUUGUUUCUCCCUUUUCUCUCUUAAAAAUUCACAGGAAAAAAAAAAAAGAAAAAAAAAAGUUGAAACCUUAAAAUUUAAAAAAAGACCUGGUUUUUUUAAAUGUAAAAAAAAAAAACCAGGUCUUAUCAACAAUUAUAAUAGUUAUAGUGUUAUUAUUAAUUAAAAUUAAUAAUAAUAUCGUUUUAGCUUUCUCCAUUUUUUGUUUCUUCUCUUUGAAGCUUCGUUUAGUCUUGUUCAUCUUUCCACAAUGAACAACCUUUUAACGGAGUCCUGUGAAUUCCCUAGAGGUGGAUCCCAAGGUAGAGAUGUCGAGUUAGGAGCUCCAAUGAACUCUGGAGAACUCUGCCUUCAAGAAUUCUUUGUAAAGGUUCAGGAGAUAGAUAAACAAUAUGAGAAGCUGGAUAAGCUACUCAAAAUGCUUCAGGAUGCACAUGAGGAAUCAAGGGCAGUAGCUAAGGCUCCUGACAUGAAAUCUAUCAAACAGCGAAUGGAGAAAGACAUUGAUGAAGUUUUAAGAGUUGCUCGAUUUAUAAAGGGGAAAAUUGAUGAACUGGAUAAAGAUAAUUUAGCCAAUAGGCAGAAGCGUGGAUGCGGAAAGGGAUCAGGUGUUGACCGGUCAAGGGUUGCAACAACUCUUGCCGUGAAAAAGAAGUUGAAAGACAAAAUGGCUGAGUUUCAGAUUCUUAAGGAGAGAAUCCAGCAAGAGUACCGAGAGGUUAUUGAGCGACGUGUUUUCACAGUGACAGGCACAAGGCCAGAUGAAGAGACAAUUGACAGAUUGAUAGAUACUGGAGAUAGCGAACAAAUAUUCCAGAAAGCAAUUCAGCAGCAAGGGCGAGGCCAGGUCAUGAGCACUGUGUCCGAAAUUCAAGAGCGCCAUGAUGCAGUAAAAGAUAUGGAGAAAAAGCUUCUUGAUUUACAGCAGGUAUUUUUGGAUAUGGCGGUUCUGGUUAACGCACAAGGAGACAUGCUAGAUGACAUAGAAACGCAGGUCUCGAAUGCAGUUGAUCACGUGCAGUCGGGGCAUAAGGUGUUGGUAAAGGCGAGGGAGAAACAGAAGAGCAACAGGAAGUGGAGGUGCAUUGCAGUUAUACUCGUUCUCAUAAUUUUUGUAAUUAUUGCACUUGCUGUGCUCAAGCCCUGGAACAGCAAAAAAGAAAAAGAAAAAGCUGCUUAGAUUGUGUUGUGUGCAAUUAAUUUGUAUGUAUGUAUGUAUGUAUGUAAAUAUAUGUGUGAAUUGGGUCAACAUUGCGGCCCCAUGUCUCUUUGUUGGUUGAUAAAUUUGAAAAUUUUAUAUAAUAUUCCUUUGAUAUAAAAAUAGAAUAUAAUGUUAUGGUA